CCCUCUUCUCACGUGAAAUUCCCCCUAUUUCUUUGCGAAGCUAUAUCUGUCCUCGAUCCAUCCCUCUCUUGUCAACAUCAAUCCCUAAUCAAUUCAGAAGUAAUAAAUUCAUUUCAUCAUGGCACCAAUCCUCCCUCCAGAUCUCAACGCACCAUUUCAGGAUCCCAAAAUCGUACAAUUGCGCACCUCCAAAAUGAAAACGAUGCGGGACCUCUCAAUCAGCACUGGCAUCUACAAGCAGCCGCGCAGCGACCGCGUUUUCUGCUCCUUCACGGGCCUCGAGAGCGACGAGCAUGAUCUCACAUUCCACGGCGGCGUCGACAAAGCCGUGCACCAGUACUUCCCGGCGCACUACGCCUCCUGGGCCUCUGAAUUUCCAGCGCGGCGAGAGGCCUUCGAAAUCGGCGGGUUUGGGGAGAAUCUCGUGUGCUCGGGCGGCAUGAACGAGCGCAAUGUCUGCAUUGGCGACAUCUUCCGGGUGGGCGCUGAAAGGGACGGCGUGUAUUUGCAAGUGAGCCUGCCGCGGCAACCGUGCUUCAAACUCAAUCAUCGUUUUGGGAUCAAGGGCUUUGCGGCCCAGACGUGGAAGAAGAGCCGCACGGGGUGGUACUACCGCGUGCUUCGGGAAGGCUGGAUGCAGGUGGGCGAUUCGAUGGUGCUUGUGGAAAGGAAAUAUCCUGAGUGGACGAUCGAGCGGAUCCAGGAGUACCUUCACCGCGAUACGAAGAACCUGGGGAAGCUGGAGGAGCUGCAAAGGAUAGAUGAGUUUGGGAACGAGUGUAAACGUGCAUUCAAGUCUAUGAUUGCGAGUUUGAGACAAGAAAUGGAAAACAGUCAGAAAGCCAAGGAGCCAGAGAAAUGGGAGGAGUUCGAAGUCGUAGAGAAGGAAGCACAGACGAACAGGAUCAUCUCUCUUGUUCUGAAGAAGGAGAGCGAGGGCGAGGGCGAGGGAGAGAAACUCGAUCCUGGCUGCUUUGUGAGAUUAAAGCUUCCGAAUGGUCUUAUUAGACCCUACUCCAUCGUUGGAGGCAACACCCACCGUUUCGAACUCGGCAUCGCACUCGAGGAUGAGAGUCGAGGCGGCUCUCACUACCUUUACCACAGCCUGAAGACAGGCGACAAGCUCCUCGUGGGGAAAAUAACUCCCAGCGUGCCCAUCAAAGAAGGAGCCUCAAACCACAUCUUCAUCGCUGGCGGCAUCGGGAUCACUGCCUUCCUGGCGCACAUGGAUAUGUACAACCAGAUCAACUACAACAUGGAGCUGCACUACGCGGUGCGCUCCGCACAUGAUAUCCCCUUCAAGUCCCAGCUUCGGAAAUUCGGAGACCGCGUUAGGAUCUAUGAUGCCGAGAUGGGGCAGCGGAUGGAUAUCCCUCGGAUCCUCGCGGGGCGGAAAUGGAAUAGCAGUAUCUAUGUCUGUGGACCACAGCGCAUGAUAGACGACGCAGUGCGAGCUUCCAACGCGUGUGGAAUGGCCCAGGACGAGAUCCAUUACGAAGCUUUCCAGAUAGCGACCUCGGGCGAUCCCUUCACGGUCGAGCUGAAGCGAUCCAAACAAGUGCUGGAGGUAGGCGGGCAAACGACAUUAUUGGAAACGUUAAGAAGUGCGGGGUUGGAUAUAGAUUCUAGUUGUGAGACGGGCAAUUGUGGCACGUGUAGAGUGGAGGUUUGCGCUGGGAAGGUGGAACAUAGGGGGAGUGCGCUGGGGCAGGAGGAUAAGAGGGUUGCGAUGUUGAGUUGUGUUUCGAGGGGGGUGGGGCGGAUCGUUAUUGAUUUUUGAGGUUUUUAUGUUGAGUUGGAAAGCGCUUUAUCCUUCUAUGUUAAUAAACUAUAUCUUGGGAGCAGGGUUAUAUAUAUGCAAUAGAGUGGUACAUGGCCGGAAGUGAACAAAUAAUGAAGAACAUGAAGCACUGUUUAGUCUAUGGUAGAGAUUCCCCCCUUGGUCCAAAGCAGGC